AUGGCAACGGUUCUGGCGAAGGACCCUCUGCACAAGGGAGAGGGGGCGGAAUCUACCGCAUCUCUUGAGGGAAUCCCUCCGCUAGGUGCACCCAAAGAGGAAAAGCGAUUCUUCUUCCAACGAGACAAAUACUAUGAUCCGUUUGCCAUUGCCACCCAGCCAAGCGUGUUCGAUGACCCCGAUACAGCGGAGAAAUAUCACCCUCGGUCAGACUGGGAGAAUAUCCACAGAUUUGAUCCGUUGGCUAGAUGGACGUGGGCUGAAGAAUAUGCCCUGAUCCGGAAGGUUUGGGCCUGCAUCAUGUUUAUGGCACUCGAGCUGGAUCGUGCCAACAUCAGUCAAGUUCAGGAGCUGACCUACCGUGAAGACUUCAACCUAGGAAACACCGUCUUCAAGCUAGCCUUCCUUUGCGCUGAGUUGCCAUCACAACUCGUCUCGAAGUGGGUUGGGCCUGACCGGUGGAUUCCUGCACAAAUGGUGCUGUGGAGUAUUGUAGCCAGCUGCCAGUUCUGGCUCUCUGGAAGAGACUCCUUUCUUGCCUGCCGUGCACUUCUGGGUUUGCUACAGGGUGGCUUCAUCCCAGAUGUUAUCCUAUACCUCUCAUAUUUCUACAAGCACCACGAGCUAUCUCUCCGGCUUGGUUUCUUCUGGACUGCUAUGAGCAUUGCAGAUAUUCUGUCAGCUCUACUCGCUUAUGGGCUGCUGCACAUGCGGGGUCUGCAAGGACACGCCGGAUGGAGAUGGCUCUUUUUGAUCGAAGGACUACUGACUCUGGUCAUUGGGAUCUUUGGUUUCCUUUUGAUGCCGGCGGGACCUUGCCAAACUGCGAGUUGGUUUCGUGGCAAGAAGGGUUGGUUUACAGAAAGAGAGGAAGCCAUCCUCGUGAACAGAGUUCUUCGCGAAGACCCGAGCAAAAGCAGCAUGCAUAACCGAGAGCCCAUCACACCGCGGUUGUUGUGGGAUAGUCUUCGGGAUUAUGACCUCUGGCCGCUUUAUAUCCUCGGUCUCACUUUCCAGAUUCCGUCCACGCCGCCUCAACAGUAUCUUACCUUGACGUUGCGCAACCUAGGUUUCGAUACCUUUCAAGCGAACCUGCUUUCUAUUCCAAACACCGUGGGCCACAUGAUUACCAUGCUUGCGAUUACCUACCUAGCUGAGGUCUUCAAAGAGCUCACUUUCAUCGCCAUGUCUGGUCAAUUCUGGACUCUCCCCUUCUUGAUUUACCUCAACGUCGUGGACACCACUGAAGUCAACAGAUGGGUGUUAUACACAGUCAUCUCUCUGUUGCUCAUCUACCCUAAUGCUCACCCAAUUCAAGUUGGAUGGAAUAGCCGAAACUCCAACACUGUCCGGUCCCGAACCGUAUCUGCUGCAUGUUACAACAUGUUCGUUCAGACAAGUGGUAUCAUCUCUUCGAAUAUUUAUCGCUCUGAUGAUGCGCCAUUGUACAAGAGAGGAAACAGGGCCCUCCUUGGCAUCGUCUGCAUGAACUUGGUUCUCUAUCCUCUGGUGAAGGCGUACUAUGUCUACCGCAAUAAGCGACGCGACAAGAUCUGGGACGGCAUGUCGGAAGAGCAGAGGCUCGCAUACUUGGCGACCACCAAGGAUGAAGGAAACAAGCGACUAGACUUCCGAUUCAGUCACUAG